GAGUUUGUCUCGAUCGCAGGGACUGCAACUUCCCUUCUCUAUUAAUAUCGGAAUUACAAAUUUUACUUAAAAACUUCCGUGACUUGAUCGGAUAUUGUGAUUAUCAGUGAGCUGGGCAUAAUUUUUUUUUUGUAUCAGUAAAACGGAAUAUUUUACGUUUUCUUUUAUUGAUUUGAUACUUCCGCUCCAAAGCUGACGGAUGAAUUUCAACCAGCAGUAAAGAUCGAAUUGACGGAGUUCCGUCCGAGGAACAGAUCGAGAGGAUAAUAACUAGAUCAAAUCGAGUUCGGCCAAGACGACAGAUAAGCUCAAUGGACAGAGCCCGUAGUGCAUUUAGGACAAUCAAGGGGCUGUUUGUUCGUUCAUUGUUUAGUAUCUCAACAACUUUGGCAGUAUGGCGCGUCGUUAUGGUAAAGGAUACAUAUGUGUACUGGUUUCUGCUAGGCACCAUUGUAUUCCUGUACAUCGAAGCUGUAAUAACAUUUAUGCAACGGGAAUCAGGAGAGUGGAAAUGGUUUUGUCCCAGUGUGUUCUUCUACCUGGUUAGCAUCUUGCCACCUCUCUGGAUACUGGAAGACGAGCUUCUUCAUCAGAGAAUACGAGCAACACAGCGGAAAAAUCUUGAUUUAAAAGAUUGUGUUGCUUCUGGUGAUAUAUUUCACAACGCUACUGGUCUUGCAACAAAUGUUGGGAUUGAAAUACCACUUGACUUAGAAGAUCAUAACUGGUCCUUGGCUUUGCAGCAGACACUUAUCUUCUUGUUGAUCCUGGGAAGAUGGUGGCUUCCCAAAGGUGAGCUAACACGUGACCAGUUGUCCCAACUUCUAUUGGUUUACAUCGGCAUUGCCGCAGACAUCCUGGAAUUCGUCACAGAAGGUUUGAAGAUAAAGGAGGUUCGAUGUAACAAGAUUUUGGUCUACUGGAUUCUGAUCAUCUGGUCUUGGAGUCUUCUUCAAUUUACUCUCGGUCUAACGGUCACAAAGGCACGUAAGCCUCGAAUCUCAGGAAUGGACCAGCGUUACGAAGGUCGGGUUUCGAUGUGUAAUAUUUGCGAAACUGAGGUCUGGGGUAUAGUCGCUACUAUCAUUAUGCAGGAUGGUCCAUUUCUUUCCAUGCGCUUAUAUCUACUUAUACACCUGAAUGUUGUCAAUCAAAUGAUGAUAUUCUUUACAUUUAAAAAUGUUCUAGUUAUGCUGCUACAGUUGUAUCGCCUUCUCGUGCUGUACAUUGAGAAACCAAGUGGGCCAACUGUCCUCGUACAGACGGUUUACAAAUACAGACGGCAACGAGGCAAAAGCCGAGGAUCAGAAACAACAAGUAAAGGUUCUUUACUCACUGCGUCAGAGUACAACAAGUUAGUUGCGACAAGAUCUGGACAAAACGAUCCUAGACUGCCGAUGUCAUCUGCGGACAUGAUGGAAUACGGAGAGACAGAGUUUGAUGCCCCUUUCGCUGGAGAACAUUUACCUGGAAAUUCUAAUCCAACUGCAUUUGCGAAGAACAAUAAACAGAAGGUAUCCCAUGUAGCCCGAAAACAAAACCAUCACGGACAGCAAAUACAGCCAAAUAAGGCGAAACAAAAUAAAGAUGUAAAUGAAUUGCACCAUACAGUAACACAAGGUAGGCAAGUCCAAAAAGAGCACAUUUUUUACACAAAUGUUGAAAAAAGGGAACAAAAACCUCAUUCUUCGAAAGAUAAGGAUAAAGUGAAAUCCUUCAAGAACAUCGACAAACAAAAAUUAAAAGCAUUGGCACCAUCAAAGCCGAAGAAAUCAACCUUUGGUGACGUCGCAACCCAAAUGCUAAAUCCUGCCAAAAGGCUUAACAGGCAUACAGAAAAAAGUAAAUCCGUAGAAAAUUCAAACGAUGCUAAGAAAGUUAACGCUCUCAUAAAGAUGUACGAGAAGGGAGAUUCCAGGCCAGGAUCUCCGGCUAAGCAAUCGAGUCAAACUCUACAACCUAAGUCUAAAUCAAAACAGGAACUUCAACCAUCACGAUCUCGGUCACUGGACGCCGAAGACAGCAGUAAAUGUCAUAUACUGACGUUUAAUGAUUUAUGAGUUGAUAUUAAACAUUACCAUCAAUCACCUGGAUGAUAUGAAAUCAAAGUACAUCAUACAAUUCUGAAGAUACUAAACCAACAUUAGUAUACCAAACCGUAUAGCAAACUAAUUAACAUUAACUACAAGAUUCACUAUACCUAAUUGAUCUAAUUAGAUACAAGGGGAUGAUAAUUAUAAAAUAUUUUGCUCUUAAUAGAUUUAUUAUUAAUAUCAUGAUAUUUGAAAUGGCAACUCAAUUCUGUCACUCACUGCGUCCGGCGGUCGUCGGCCGACGCGAUUAGGAGGAACGCAACGCCACAGCGCGCGCAACAGAUCGUUUUUAGAGUGCCUCCAACAAUCACCAGACGGUAUCGCGUCGCCCAGUGCUCACAAGAAGCGGAGUUGGAUUCCUCGGCAAGCGGUCGUACGACGCAGUGAAUGCCAGGCUUAAGUAAGCUACAUAAGAAUAUUUUUGUAUUGAUAUAACUUUACUCAAAGUAUGAUAAUGAUGUCCAAUAAGGUUUAACUGAGACACCUCCGAGAAGAAGUUGAAUGCCAUAGUAGGGUUGAUUGUUACUAUUACUGGUGGCUGUCGUAGUGAGUGUACUUGUUGGUGCACUUGGUGGUUAAGUUAUUUGAACUUACCAAAUUUUCAUGAACCCCAGGACACAGAUUGUUUGUUAUAGAUUCCGUGUAUAAUUCAAAUUAGUAGGCAUAAGCCUAAGUUUUCAUACAUUUUAAUGUAGGCCUAAACUGUUUUUUCAUAUUGUAGCAUUUUUGUCAUACACUACUCCGUAACAUGUCGAAUUAAUUAUUGUAAACGUGAUCAAGCAUGGAAGCUAAAUGAUUAUAUAAUGUGAGUGUAUUCAAAUUAUCAAGUUUUAUGCGACAAAUGUGAAUUGCCCAUAUAAUGUGCAUGAAGAAUGGUAUCACAUCUAGAUAUGGGAAGGAUGGUGUCAUAAUACCCAUAUAUGGGCAAAUCAUAGGCCCUAUGUAUUUUUCACAUACAAUUUGAUGAUGUGGAUAGAGUUUAAAUGUGUCAGCGCCUAGAUACGAUGUUGUGGUAUCCACUUUAUAAGUACUUUGUAAAAAAUGUGUUCCCUUUAAAAAUGCCAUAAAUUGCGUGAUGUUCAUGCCCGGC